UUUAUAUAUCAUCAGUUUGUCAGAUGACCAAUAAAUUAACCAAAAUACGGAAGAUUUUCUCGGUGUAGUACAAAUGAUUUGAUAUAAAUAGGUGGGAAAAUGGAAUAUCGUCAGAAAAUCGUAACAUCCGUUUUUGAUGGAGCGUGAACUUAUAAAGUACGAUGAAACCACAUCCAGAAGUAUGGUUAAAUAAGAUCAAAUUAUACUGUUAUAAAAAUCAAAUUACAAAAAAAGAAGAUAUUAUAGAAUUUUGUAAAUCCAUGAUUCAUCCUUCGAUUAACGUAUCUAAAGCGAAUACUUUUGAAGAAAUUUCAAAUACUUUAAAAAAUGAUAUCUUUUUUAUCUCAUUUAAACAUUCCGUUAAAACAAAAUUACAAAAGUUAAAAUUUGAUCCAAAAGAUAAGAAUUAUGUUCAAUUCAUUAAUAUAUUCAGAGAAUAUUGUUAUGAAGCGGAAAUUAAUGUAGAAGAACAGUUACUAGAAAAGUUACCUGAAGAUUCUUUUCAAUAUUAUUUUAUUAAUAAUAAUUUAGAGAAAAUCAAUUCAUUAAAUGAUUUAAUCAUUUAUUUCAAUCAAAGCUUUUUAGAACAAACAAAAAUUGAUUCGUUAUGGUUCAUGUAUUACUCUAAAACAUGUCGCAACUGGAAAAUAUUUAACUAGUUGUGAUUUACAAUAUAAAACGGGCUCUAAGAGAAGUAUUGUAUGUAAUAAUCUUUUUUACUUAGUUUUUUUAUUUGGUUUAAUACUAAUAAAAU